UUUGAAGAAUGUCUAAAAAGUGGAAGCCAUUAAAAUUUAGACUUUUCGAAGAUGUGCAUAAAAUAUACAACUUUUCUGGAAAUAUUCAUCUCCAAAAUAUUUGUAGUUAGUGUUGUGCUAAAUUGUAUCGUGGUGGUGCAUUCUGCUUGGAUAACACCUAGAAUUUUGGAAUUGGCAAGAUUUAUUCCAGAUUUUGACCUACCUGAGUUUUCAUUACCCAGUUUUCCUAAUAGCCUUAACAAGAAUAGGGUAGUAUCGGGAACGGUUGGUCAAAUUGAGAAUCAUGGCUACCCCUCAGAAUCCCACACAGUUGAAACAGAAGACGGUUACAUACUUCAAAUUCAUCGAAUCCCCACAACAAAGGCACCCCUUAAAAAAUCUCAACCCGAUAAAAUGCCUAAAUUUCCAGUUCUCUUAAUGCACGGGUAUCUUCAAUCUUCGGCGGAUUGGGUGAUUAAUUCGCCGUGGAAUAAUUCACUAGCAUUCCUCCUGUCCGAUUCUGGGUUCGAUGUAUGGCUUGGAAACGCCAGAGGAAAUUCUUAUUCCAAAGGACACACCAAAUUUCCCCGUAAUUCAAAUAAUUACUGGGAUUUUAGUUUCCAUGAAAUGGGCAAGUAUGACCUUCCAGCCAUGGUGAAUCACAUCCUGGAACAAACUGGGAAACGAAAGGUUCACUAUGUCGGUUUUUCUCAUGGAGCAGCUGUCUUACUUACAGGUCUUUCGACGAGGCCAGAAUACAACGAAAAAAUAGCGUCCGGUAUUCUCCUCGGACCCAGCGUGAUCCAGGAGUAUUACGUGAACGGAUUUUUACACGCGUUUCCCAUCAGCGCAAGAAUUCUUAAUGGAGUAAUCAAUAAUUUUGGAGCGCUACCCUUGUUUCCUCCCAUGCUGGCUGGACUUAUCAAUGCAUUCCUGACACGUUUCUGCCAUCCGAGCUUUGACCGGAUAGGAAUUUGUUGGAAUUUUAUACACUUGGUGUUUGGAGAUGAUGACAAUCUUAUAACCAAGGAUCAAAUGCCCAUAAUAACAUCUGCAGCACCGUCCGCCGCUGGACUUAAAGGUUUGGCGCAUACCGUUCAACACGCCGUUUCUCAUCGUUUCGCCGAAUACGAUUAUGGAACGGAUCGAAACUUGGAGCUUUAUGGGACCUCGUCUCCUCCAUCCUACAACUUGACCAAAGUUACCAUUCCAGUCGCUAUAUUUGUCGCUUUACACGAUUCCUUAGCUAUGAAGGAAGAUUCAAAAAUCCUGGCGAGAAGCGUACCUAAUUUAUUGAGUUAUAAUGAAAUCUCGUAUAAAAAAUUUAACCACAUUGACUACACGUAUGGAGGAAGUGUAGCUUUUGGUGUGUACUUGAAAGCUAUGGAAAAUAUGAAACUAGCCGAAAAUAGGGAGAAGUAGUAAAGUAUUUAUUUUUACACUUAUAAAAAUCCAGUAUUAAAAUAAUACCAAGCAGUAUUUCUAAAUGACCAAACGUACCAAAAUGGUACUGAUAAGUAAUACGGUGCAGUCAUAUGCAGAUCGGUGUUAAAGCUUUACGAUAUCGGUAGCGAAUUUUUACGGACUGGAAUAUCUGUAAUUUUAAUACCAAGCAGUAGCAACUUUAAUACCGAGAAGUCAACACUUGUGUGACUAUGCCAGAUUUAUAACAGUGUAUGUAUACAUAAGUUCUCUGAUUUGAUUUUUUAAAAAUUGCAUAACAUGCAUAAAAAGGACUAAAAAAAUGCAACUUCGUAACCGAUAACACAAAACUUAUGUUUGCAUGUCUGAUUUGUGUUUGUAAUAAAUAAGUACUUUUUUACAUAAGAAUAAAUUUGUAUCUAAAUCGUA